AUCGCAGACAUUCGGUUUCAGGGCUAGUAAUCGGCAGCUGCAUGCGUUUUUGUCUUUGCUGAGCUUUUAUUUUGAAGAGCCUUAACCUGAUUUCGUGAUUUGACGUCAGAUCCGCGCAAUCCAUCACCAACCACUCCACAUGUGGAAUCAUGUCGAAGGCCAGAAAACAAAAGCGAGCGAAAGUACUUUUCCAAGGAAAACAAAAGGGGAAAGAUGGACAACAGACUCAAGGAGGGAAAAUGCAUUCAGAGCUGUCCAUUGCACGCCAUCCCAAAGGGUAUGGAAAACCAGAAGAAAUCCGGAAGAAAAGGCUUCAGGAGCUCCAAGAAAAGCAGAGGUUGUCAAGAGAACGGGAGCAGAUGAAGAGGAGAAGUCUGGAUGGUUUUCAGAGAGAUGUUCUAGAGCGACAAAGAGAGUUUGAGCAGAGGGAAACUGAGAUGCUGAUUUUAGAGAAGCAUGUUAAUUUUGAAAAUGAGAAUUCAAGAAAGGCGUACUACAGGGAAUUCAAAAAGGUGGUUGAGGCCUCUGAUGUGAUUCUGGAGGUUCUGGAUGCCCGUGACCCUCUUGGCUGCCGUUGUCCUCAGGUGGAGCAGGCUGUAAUUCAGAGCGGCACUGACAAGAAAAUAGUCCUGGUGCUUAACAAGAUUGACCUGGUGUCCAAGGAGAUUGUGGAGAAAUGGAUCAAGUAUCUUCGCAAUGAAUUUCCCACUGUGGCUUUCAAAGCCUCAACGCAACAACAGAACAAGAAUUUGAAGCGAAGCAAUGUACCUGUUACCCAGGCCACUGCUGAGCUCCUAGGUAGCAGUGCCUGUGUGGGUGCGGAAUGCCUGAUGAAACUUUUGGGGAACUACUGCCGCAACCUAGACAUUAAGACAGCCAUCACUGUUGGUGUGGUUGGCUUUCCCAAUGUUGGAAAGAGCAGUCUGAUAAACAGUUUGAAGCGGGCACGUGCAUGCAAUGUUGGAGCCACACCCGGUGUAACCAAGUGCCUUCAGGAAAUACACUUGGACAAGCACAUCAAGCUUUUAGAUUGUCCUGGCAUUGUAAUGGCAACCUCGACGACUGACGCGGCCAUGAUCCUUCGGAAUUGUGUAAAGAUUGAGCAGCUUGUAGACCCUCUAUCUCCAGUCGAAGCCAUCUUAAGACGCUGCAAUAAGAAACAGAUCAUGGAACACUAUGGUGUUCCAGACUUCCACACAGCUCUCGAAUUCCUGGCGUUGUUGGCACAGCGACAGGGCAAGUUGAGGAAGGGAGGACUGCCUGAUAAUGACAAGGCGGCAAAGAGUGUCCUAAUGGACUGGACAGGGGGUAGGAUCAGCUACUUUACACACCCUCCGGAGACGCACACUCUUCCCACUCAUAUCAGUGCUGAGAUUGUGGCAGAGAUGGGCAAAGCUUUCGACUGGGAGGAACUAGAGAAGGGAAACCAGGAAGUGCUAGCUGUGUCGUCUUGCACUGAUGUCCAAAUGGGUUUCUGCAUGGCAACUGCUGGGAUGACUCAGGGUGGUCAAGAAGAACCACCUUGUGACCUGGAAAUGGAAGGUGGAGCUUUGGAUGGGGUUGAGUCCAAGGAUGAAACUGAAUCCAUGGAUGAUGGUCAGGACCCAGAGUUUGGACCUAUGACUGUGGAGAUAAAAACACCAAGGGCAAAGACUGGUGGUUCAGUUGAUGCUGCUGCCCCCAGGACCCUCGAUUUAAAGGAUAUCUGGAACGUAGACCCUCUUCAGCAGGGCCAAGCACUCGUGGCUGCUGGGAAGAAGAGGAAGAAGCAACAGAAAAGAGCUGACAAAAUUGCUACCAAACUCUCAGACAGCCUGACGACGGCAAUGAACUUUGCAUUUUCAGAUAUAUGAAAAAUAAAAGGUCAUCUAAAACGGGGUGUUUUUUAAUUUUUUUUAUUUAGUUCUGUUCAGUCAAUAUUGUCAACCUUAUUCGCAACAUCCCCUAGUGUUGGGCAUGAUGUGCAAUAACGUAUAUCAGCAUUUACAUAUCAAGACUGAGGGUGGGUUGUACCAACAUGGAUUAACUCUUAAACUGGGUUUAAUUAAGGUUUAUUUGUUAAUCUUGUUGCACCAAACUUUAAUCCUAUUUUGAAAUUACUCCCACUUACAUUUUGACUUUAAACCAGGAUAAAAUCUAAUAUUGUUGCUCCAUUGUUUUAAAAACAAUUUUACUAAUGUUAAAUUAGAAUAAUCUAAACUACCACUGGAGGUUUAAAUUCAGCGAAUAUUAGUGUAUGUGCUUUUAUUUUUGGUGUUAUUUAACAAUUUUAUCUCCUGUGGUUUAUGUUUGUUAAACUCAGCUAGCCAGCUAACUUAUUUGACAGCAAAGUGCAAUUAAUUGCAUCCUUAGCCUGAAGUGAAAACUCACUUUGCUAACUAGCAAUGACCAGUGCUGGUUUGUUUCCAUAGAAUUAGAACAUAUUGCUAUGGUGAAUCCAUUAUGACACGUGUCACUAAUCAUAGUCAUAGAGAUUUAACCUUAGAUUAACUAAUCUAGUUUCUAUAAUUCAGCAGUUCAAUUAGAAAUCUAGAUUAGGUCAAAUCUAAUAUUUAUUUAAAUUACAAAUUAGUAGCCAUGCGAACUGGAACCUCAGCGGCAAAUCUAAAGUUGGUCUCUAAGGUCAUGCAUUUGGUUCUAAUAUUUCGACACCUUUACAUGACAAUACUUUCUUCAUUCUCGAUUUGGAAGGAACCGGUUUCUUAACUUCUUCUAGUUGUAGCAUGGAUUCCGAUAACAAAGAAAUAUUCAGAAUCAUAUUAAAUCCACUUUUUGCGCCGAGUGAGAAAUUGUUGUUUGGGUCACUGACGCGCUGACUUCUCUUUCUAAACGCAGCAAAAAAAAUUAAAUGACCUCUCACUGUCAACUGCGUUUAUUUUCAGCAAAAGUAACGUGUAAAUAUUUGUAUGAACAUAAGAUUCAACAACUGGGACAUAAACUGAACAAGUUCCACAGACAAGUGACUAACAGAAAUUGAAUAAUGUGUCCCUGAGCAAAGGGGGGGGGGGGGUCAAAAUCAAAAGUAACAGUCAGUGUCUGGUGUGGCCACCAGCUGUGUUAAGUACUGCAGUGCAUCUCCUCCUCAUGGACUGCACCAGAUUGUCCAAUUCUUGCUGUGAGAUGUUACCCCAUUCUUCCACAAAGGCACCUGCAAAUUCCCGGACAUUUCUGGGGGGAAUGGCCCUAGCCCUCACCUUCUGAUCCAACAGGUCCCAGACGUGCUCAGGAAAUCACGCACAGAACGAGCGGUAUGGCUGGUGGAAUUGUCAUGCUGUAUGGUCAUGUCAGGAUGAGCCUGCAGGAAGGGUUCCUCAUGAAGGAGGAGGAUGUCUUCCCUGUAACACACAUCAUUGAGAUUGCCUGCAAUCACGACAAGCUCAGUCCGAUGAAGCUGUGACACACUGUCCCAGACCAUGACGGACCCUCCACCUCCAAAUCGAUCCCGCUCCAGAGUACAGGCCUCGGUGUAACGCUCAUUCCUUCGACGAUAAACGCGAAUCCGACCAUGGUGAGACGAAACCGCGACUCGUCAGUGAAGAGCACUUUUUGCCAGUCCUGUCUGAUCCAGUUACGGUGGGUUUGUGCCCAUAGGUGAUGUUGCCGGUGACGUCUGGUGAGGACCUGCCUUACAACAGGCCUACAAGCCCUCAGUCCAGCCUCUCUCUGCCUAUUGUGGACAGUCUGAGCAUUGAUGCAGGGAUUGUGCGUUCCUGGUGUAACUCUGGCAGUUGUUGCCAUCCUGUACCUGUCCCACAGGUGUGAUGUUCGGAUAUAUCGAUCCUGUGCAGGUGUUGUUACACGUGGUCUGCCUCUGCGAGGACGAUCAGCUGUCCGUCCUGUCUCCCUGUAGCGCUGUCUUAGGCGUCUCACAGUACGGACAUUGCAAUUUAUUGCCCUGGCCACAUCUACAGUUCUCAUGCCUCCUUGCAGCAUGUUCAAGCAGAUGAGCAGGGACUCUGGGCAUCUUUCUUUUGGUGUUUUUCAGAGUCAGUAGAAAGGCCUCUUUAGUGUCCUAAGUUUUCAUAACUGUGACCUUAAUUGCCUACUGUCUGUAAGCUGUUAGUGUCUUAAUGACCUUUCUACAGGUGCAUGUUCAUUGUUUAUGGUUCAUGGGAAACAGUGUUUAAACCCUUUACAAUGUAGAUCUGUGAAGUUAUUUGUAUUUUUACAAAUUAUCUUUGAAAGACAGGGUCCUGGAAAAGGGACUUUUUUUGUUGUUGCUGAGUUUAUUUAUUGUAGAUGUAUAGAGGGAAAUUGUGCUUUUUAAACUAAAUAUGUGGUGAAAGGUAUUUUUGUUAAAAGUGGUCUAAAGAUUGUCACUUUCAUCAUGAUAAAAAAAAUGGUUUGUAAAAAUUUAACAACCAUGUGAACCAUCCUUCCUCCCAGUAAAAUUCCUAUGUGAGAAUUGCCAGAACAAUCUGAGGUACCAAAAAUAUUUUUGUGCUAUGCUGGCAUGGAAUCUCCCAAAUGUACGAAUGCUCUGGCUUUUGUAUGCUUUGACUGUAUACCUCAACCUAAGAUAAAAAGCAUUGCAAUUUAGAAUAAUGAACAAAAUUAUAUUUCCAACACCUCGAUGAACCAGCAAAGUUGAAAUUGGAUUUUGUUCAACAUUCUGACUUGCUGGGCUCUUUAUCGUAGACGCAAGAUAGGUAGCAGCUGUCUGUCUGAGGAGAAUCUGACCAUAUAUGGCCAUACUCUCGUCGCAGUAAGAAGUAAACAAUUUCACCUCUCCAGCUAGUGCUGAGGGGUAUUCGACAAAGCAGAUUCAAUGAGUUAGCCAACGUCCACAUUUUCUGAAAUAUUUGUUUCAAAAAAAUAUAUAUAAGCUAAAGCUUGAAAUGGGCAUGGCCUAACUGAUUCAACAAUCCAAAACACAAUGUAUAAUCGUAAAAUCAAGUUAUGUCUGGUUGCUUAUUAAUGUUAGCUGGCUAACUCAUUGAUCCAACUUUGUAGUAUACACCUCUAAGGUUUCAUAUGGUUAGAGUUAGCUAAAUCUCUUUCUGUCCAAUGAGGUAACUUGUUGGCAUUUAUUACUUCUGGCCAUAGAGUACCCUUUUUGGCUCCAGAUACUUGCCACUGGAGGCAAAACCUCAGAACUGGCCAUGCCAAUAACUGUUAAAAGCGCACUGUGGAGUGAUGUGUAUACUAGAGGUCGAUCGAUUUAUGAUUUUUCAAUACCGAUUAUUGAAGGACUGAAAAAAGACGAUACCAAUUAAUCGGCCAAUUGAUUUAUUUGUAAUAAUGACAAUUACAACAAUACUGAAUGAUGAUGAUUAUUUUAACUUAAUAUAAUACAUCAAUAAAAUUUAGCCUCAUAAAUAAUGCAAAAACAAAGUGUUGGAGAAGAUGGUAAAAGUGCAAUAUGUGCCAUGUAAGAAAGCUAACGUUUAAGUUCCUUGCUCAGAACAUGAGAACAUAUGAAAGCUGGUGGUUCCUUUUUAACAUAAGUCUUCAAUAUUCCCAGGAAAGAAGUUUUAGGUUGUAGUUAUUGUAGCACUAUUUCUCUCUAUAACAUUUGUAUUUCAUUAACCUUUGACUAUUGAAUGUUCUUAUAGGCACUUUAGUAUUGCCAGUGUGACAGUAUAGCUUCCGUCCCUCUCCUCGCUCCUACCUGGGCUCGAACCAGGAACACAUCGACAACAGCCACCCUCAAAGCAGCAUUACCCAUUGCUCCACAAAAGCCGCGGCCCUUGCAGAGCAAGGGGAACAACCACAAGUCUCAGAGCGAGUGACGUUUGAAACGCUAUUAGCGCGCCCUGCUAACUAGCUAGCCAUCUCACAUCGGUUACACGAGCCUAAUCUCGGGAGUUGAUAGGCUUGAAGUCAUAAACAACUUAAUGCUUGAAGCACAGCGACGGGCUGCUGGCAAUACGCAUGAAAGUGCUGUUCGAAUUAAUGCUUACGAGCCUGCUGGUGCCUACCAUCGCUCAGUCAGACUGCUCUAUAAAAUCAUAGACUUAGUUAUAACAUAAUAACACACAGAAAUACGAGCCUUAGGUCAGUAAUAGUUUCCGGAUUCAACCAUAUCUCAAACAAGACGUUUAUUUCAGUGAAAUACGGUAUCGUUACGCAUUUUAUCUAACGGGUGGCUUUCAUAAGUUAAAUAUUCCUGUUACAUUGCACAACCUUCAAUGUUAUGUCAUAAUUACGUAAAAUUCUGGCAAAUUAGGCGGCCCAAACUGUUGCAUAUACACUGAACGCAAGAGAAGUGACACAAUUUCACCUGGUUAAUAUUGCCAUAUACACUGAACGCAAGAGAAGUGACACAAUUUCACCUGGUUAAUAUUGCUGUUUUUCAACAGGACAAUGACUCAAAACACAUCUCCAGGCUGUGUAAGGGUUAUUUAACCAAAAAAAGUGAUGUUCUGCAUCAGAUAACCUGGCUUCCACAAUCACCACAUCUCAGCCCAAUUGAGAUGGUUUGGGAUGAGUUGGACUGCAGAGUGAAGGAAAAGCAGGCAACAAGUGCUGAGCAUAUGUGGGUACCCAUUCAAGACUGUUGAAAAAUCAUUCCUCAUGAAACUGUUUGAGAGAAUGCCAAGAGUGUGCAAAGCUGUCAAGGCAAAGGGUGGGUGCUUUGAAGAAUCUAAAAUAUAUUUUGAUUUGUUUAAUACUUUGGUUACUACAUGUGUGUUAUUUCAUAGUUUUUGAUGUCUUCACUAUUAUUUUACGAUGUAGAAAAUAGUUUAAAAAAUAAAGAAACCCUUUAAAUGAGCACCGAGUGGCGCAGCGGUCGAAGGCACUGCAUCUCAGUGCAAGAGGCAUCUCUAGUACCUGGUUCGGAUCCAGGCUGGAAGUCCCAUAGGGCGGCGCACAAUUGGCCCAGCGUUGUCCGGGUUUGGCUGUCAUUGUAAGUAAUUAUAUGUUCUUAGCUGAUUUGCCUAGUUAAAUAAAUAAAGGUUAAAUUAGGAGGUGUGUCUGAA